CUGCGGCCGCGGGAGGCAUCUUUAAAUGGAGGGGCUACGUCCAGAGCUUCGUUGAAUCCCGCAUGUUGAAAGUUGACUUCCAACACUUGCUGCAGUGUAUAUUCAUUCGCCAUCAGCUACCUACCUAGUACCUACCGAGGUAUUUAGUCACUAUGCAGUAUAAGAGGCUUUUCCCUUUGGCAGUAGCCUCUGUAGUCUCUGCUCAGACACCAAGCUUAACCGAUGCUCUUGGCUCUCAGAACUCAUCAUUGUCAUCCCUCAAUGAUAUCCUUUCAUCAAACCCUGAAAUUGCGGCCUCCUUCAACAAUCUAAAAAAUGUCACCAUCCUAGCCCCUAGCAACGACGCCCUAGAGAGUCUGGUGAAGGACACCGACACAUUAUCGCGGUUCACCAAGUCCGGAUAUCUGCAAGCUUUAUUAAGCUACCAUGUCUUGAAUGGAACAUAUCACAAUACGAGCUUUACGAAUGAAUCCAUUUUCAUCCACACAUCACUGGACAACAGCACAUAUAGCAACGUCACUGGUGGUCAGGUUGUCGAAGCCCGACUUCACGAUAAUAAUGUCACAUUCUUCACUGCUCUCAAGCAAAAUGCUUCUAUUGUCACGGCUAACGUGAAUUUCACCGGCGGCACAAUCCACAUUAUCGAUGGUCUUCUUUCCAUUCCCCAGAAUGUGUCAGAUACAUUGUCCAACUCAAACCUCACGGCAGCGGAGGGUGCCAUUCAGACGGCUAACUUGACCGACUCUAUUAUCGGCACUCAAAAUGUUACCAUUUUCGCACCCAACAACGACGCCUUCGCAGCUAUUGGCAGUAUCACCGGUAACCUUAGCGCGGAUGACUUAAAAGACGUAAUUGGCUACCACGUCCUCAACGGAUCCGUCAAUUACAGUACCAACUUGAGGAAUUCGACGGCCAAUGCUAUCAACGGAAAGAAACUCACUAUAACCGUGGAGAAUGGCACCAUCUACGUGAAUUCAGCGAAGGUUACCGUCCCUGACAUUCUCUUAGCGAAUGGUGUCGUCCACGUUAUCGACGGAGUUUUGAAUCCAAACAACACCUCCGCAACCCCUGACCCAACGGCUACAUCCACCGCAGCAGCAUUUAGCGGUGCAAGUUCCGGGACAGACGGCAUACCUUUCACUAGUGGAGUCACAACACCAACCAGUACCUUCCCUGCCGCUACAUCAGCUGGCGGUUCGGGCGAGUCCAGCUCUUCAAAGGGUGCAGCCAUGCCAAUGAAGACGGGUGCCAUCGGUGCAGCCGCACUCUUCGGAGGUGCAGCCGCCUUCGUGAACCUAUAGAACACCACGCGAGAAAAUACGUACAAGAAUGAAACAUGGAAAAUAUACCUACCUAAGAUGCGAUCAUGAUUUUUGUUCAAGGGCUAAGGGUAAUGGUGAUAGGGGGUUCAUUUCAC